UCUUCUUUCAUAAUGGUGGUGAGGAGGAGGAGCAGCAGCAGCAGCAGCAGCAGCAGCAGGAGGGAAAGAUGGGGAGUCUUACAAAGAAGAAAUUGAGAACAUCUUUGAGCCACCUGGCUUGCACAAUGAUCCAAGAGGGGAGUUCUUUGAGGGAAAAGAUCUCAGAUCAUUUCCAGGCUGGUUCAAGAAACAAAAAAUCAUAACCUUGGAGAAAAAAUGAAGUUAAUCUUUGUGGGGAUAGUUUGUUUCUGCAUGUUGAUGAACACACAAACAGAUGCUAGGCCUAUCCAGGAUGAGGAAGACCCCUACAGACCACCUGCACGUAUGCCCUACUGGCCUUUCAUGAACAAUGAUUUCUGGGAAUAUGUAGAGUACUUCCGGACCCUGGGAGCAUACCACAGAAUCAAUGAGAUGGCCAGGACCUUCUUUGCUCACCACCCACUUGGAAAUACUCUUGGCUACGAUGUCCCAUAUCAUGAGCACUAGUUCAGUUUGGCUAAUCCCUGGGCUUAGCUAAUUGUUGAGUGUUACUGUUGCCAACAACCAGCAGAAAUGCUAGCCUUACACCCAUAGUGUUGCAAUGCUUCUUUUCUAUCAAACACAUAAAUUCUGUUUCUCUUUUUAAAUAUUACUGAUGAUGCCAGUGAGAUGACUUCUUUUGUAGACGAUCUAUGGGCAGGUUCACACAAUCAGGAGAAUGUGGGCUCAGCAAAUGUCAAUCUGCAAUGUCAGGUUGGCAAUAUGCUACCCCACAUGAAGCCCAGAUCAAAAAACUGGGCUUCAUGUGGCCUCAGCUUGUCGAACUGGGCUUCACACGGAGUUAGUGUGUUACCAGCUCAACAUCGCUGAUUUUCCCAGGGCUAACACAAUACGUUCCAUGGGAGUGCACGCAGCACAGGAAUCUGUAUUCCCUGUCGAGCCCAUAUUCCCCUGACUGUAUAAGCCAGCCCUAUAUAUUUAAUAUAUACCUGAAAAAUGCAUAAAGUAUUCUUUGAUUACAAUGUAUUUUUUAAAAAUCUUAUGUAUACAUAUUUUGGAUAAUAUUCUAUAUUAUGGAAAUACAGAUGUUUUAUUUGCUUGUGUGAACAAAGUUUUCUA